GCGAUGUUGGGUCUGAGGCCUGCUCGGCUUCCCGCGGCCCCGGCGAACCUGUUCUCUAACGGUGCCGCUCGUGUUCCGUAGGAGCUGAAGAUGAGCACGCCGGUGACGAUGUCAACGUACGUCCGGUGCCUCAGCUACGGGCUCCUGAGGCAGCUGGCAGACUUCAUCGACCCGCAGGAAGGGUGGAAGAAGUUAGCAGUAGAUAUAACCAACCCGACCGGUGAAAGCAGAUACAACCAAAUGCACAUAAGGAGAUUUGAGGCAUUUGUCCAAAUGGGAAAGAGCCCCACAUGUGAAUUGCUUUAUGACUGGGGAACCACAAACUGUACAGUUGCUGAUCUUGUGGACCUGCUGAUUAGGAAUCAAUUCCUAGCACCAGCAAGCCUUUUGCUUCCAGAAGCUGUAAGGAUGGCACAAGAAGUUACAUUACCUCUUUCUUCACAGGAAACAUUGCCUAUACAUGAGAAACAACUGCCUGUACAGGAAAAAGAAGUGGCUUCUAUACAACCUGUUUUAGCUCAGAGUACUGAGAAGCAACAUUCAGCUCCUUUUUUCAGUGAAGAAAACAGCAGCCCACAGUCCAGUAACACAGGCUUCCUUAAUUUUUCAUUUCAUGAUUUGGAAAGUGUUACAAAUAAUUUUGAUGCACGACCAGAAUCAGCUGGAGGCAAUAAACUGGGAGAAGGUGGCUUUGGUGUUGUGUUCAAAGGCUACAUCAACGGCAGAAAUGUGGCUGUCAAGAAGCUCAUUGCUAUGGUUGAUGUUAGUGCUCAGGACUUAAAACAGCAAUUUGAUCAAGAAAUAAAAUUGAUGGCAAAGUGUCAGCAUGAAAAUCUGGUGGAAUUACUUGGUUUCUCAAGUGAUGGUGCUCAGCCAUGUCUGGUGUACGAAUACAUGCCCAACGGUUCCUUGCUUGACCGACUUGCUUGCCUGGAUGACACUCCACCAAUUUCUUGGAAUACAAGGUGUAAAAUUGUUCAAGGUACAGCAAAUGGCAUCAACUUUUUGCAUGAAAAUAAUCAUAUUCACAGAGAUAUUAAAAGUGCAAAUAUCUUAUUAACUGAUGCGUAUAUGCCCAAAAUUUCUGACUUUGGACUUGCCAGAGCAUCUGUAACAUUCACACGAACAAUCAUGACUGAAAGAAUUGUUGGAACAGCAGCCUAUAUGGCACCUGAAGCUCUGCGAGGAGAGAUAACACCUAAAUCGGAUAUCUUCAGUUUUGGAGUAGUCUUACUAGAAAUAAUGACGGGUCUUCCUCCAGUGGAUGAGAAACGGGAGCCACAGUUACUGUUAGGUAUCAAAGAUGAAAUUGAGGAUGAGGAAGCAACUAUUGAAGAUUAUGUUGAUGAAAAGAUGAGUGACUGGGAUGCACCCUCAGUUCAUAAAAUGUAUUCAAUUGCUGAUCGGUGCCUGAAUGAGAAAAAAAACAGAAGGCCAGACAUUAAGAUGGUAUGUACUCUCACAGACCAAUGGCUUCUUUUGAGUGUGUGUGUUUACAGUAUCAGUUACUUGUAUUUCUGUCUGGUCUCUUGCAGGUUCAACAGCAUCUACAAGAGAUAAACAUUUGAUAAGUGUUUCUUCUGAUACACAUAAAAAAUUUGUAAUAGACACCAGUAGAAAAUAUUUUAUUACUAUUUAGUGAACACUAUCAGGUUUUCUGCUAUCCAGAGCUUCCUGGUCUGCAUUUAAGGCGGGCUGUUGGCCUGUCACCAGGUUUUGGCUAACUGAGCAGCCUUUCACAUAUCCUUAGCCAUUGGGCCCUUUUUUGUAUUCACAAAUUGCAGUGCUGGUUUAUCUACUCCACAGCUUUUUAAAUGUGUUUUUGUAUUAGAAUCUAUUUGAUUGUUUUGAUUUACAAAUAUCAAGUAUGUCUGCUGCAAAGGCAUAUGGCAGUAAUAGGUAAAUAUUUUUUCUACAAACUGCUUCUUUGAUCAGGUGUACUAUACCUCUUUCUAUUGAAGACAAAACCAUUUAAUAGAUAUAAAUGGUACUUACACUGGGAGAAGAAGCAAUAGUAGCACCCACUGAAAACAAACUUUGUCAUUUUGACUUGAGAAUUGAUAGUAGUGCGAGUGGACUGAUUGAUAACGUUGUGAAUGUGAUUGUUUUUCAGAAUGUCCUCUCAGGAUUAGUUUUAGUCAGAUAAGUGCUGUGAGAUGUAUCCUGGAUUGUUGUUUUUUUUUUAGUUUCAAGGAUUUCCAAGCAAAAUAACUGCUGUGCUGUGCAAAUGCAAAAAUACGUCUGCCUUCCUUCCAGUGAACUCUGUAUGAUGACAAACCAUUUAAUUUCUUAGCUGCUUUGAGUAUUUUAUACUUCAGGGGAGGAUUCAAUAUGGAUUAUAAAUAUAGAUGGUUAAAGGGGGCAGAAUAAUAAUUCUGUGAAGACCAAUCCUGCAUUUUGCUUAAUCAAAUAAUUAUGUUCUUUUAAAAAUAUAUAUAUGUAUGUAUAUUAAUAACUAUUAAAAUGCACUUUUUAAAAAGCAACAUGGAAAGCUUUCUAAAAUAGAAACACCAAAGAUCAAAGCAGACUAAAAAUGGAAUGAAAGUGACUAGGAAGGUUCUAGAUACUGAAGCAGGUAUGAAACUUCACACUGAGUAGGUAUGAAAAUACUCCUAUUGUGAAUGAAGGAGGUUAUUUUCAUAUAACCCCUUUUCUGUGCCUCAUGACCUUUUUCUUGACAGCCUAGAUGAAGGCUUAGCUUCCAGCUAAAUUUGAAAUUCCAUGAUUAUCAAAGAAAAAGGAAACACUGAGAAAUGACCUGACUGCAUACAAAGAUAUAUAUAUAUAUAUAUAUAUAUCUCUUCGUAGAAAGCACGCAAGUCCUAACACAUGCAUUAAUACCAUUAGAUCUCCGUUAACUGUUUCUGUAUUGCCUUUUCAAACUUCUAGGUUUAUUUAAACAUAAAUGGUAAAACCUGUUAGCAUAAAUAAAACUUCUGCAUUACCA